AUUAUCGUUGAGGAUUGCGAAUAAGAUCAAGUCAGGAAGGACGUAGAAUGUCUCCCUGAAGCAGAUCGACUCAAAUGGUAAAUCGUAAAUGUCUGACGAUAAAGAUCAAAGCCCGGAAACGGGGCAAGAUUCCAAACACAAAUCAGACGCGGUGCCAACCACAGAGAAGUCGGACAAACCUGAUUCAAACGCAAGUCGCACAGAAAACCCACUAGCUGGUGUGACUGCGUUGCUUGAGCGCUAUGGUUACCAGCUAGGAGAUAUUCUUGGGAAAGGCUCAUACGCAGUUGUGAGAAAGGCAUACUCUAGAAGACACAAAAAGUACGUUGCAGUCAAAAUCAUUUGCAAAAAGAAAGCACCCGAGGAUUUCCUUUCGAAAUUUUUGCCUCGUGAGAUCAAGGUUCUCAAAAGACUCAGCCACCCUCAUGUCAUCUCACUUAUUGAGGUCAUUGAGACCAACACAAGAAUGUAUAUCAUCACUGAUCUGGCGGAAAGCGGCGAUCUUUUAGAGUACAUCAGAAAGUACGGAGCAGUGCCAGAGGCAACUGCUAAACAGUUGUUCAAGCAGCUAGUCAUUGGAAUCAAUUAUGUUCAUGGUGAGGAUGUGGUACACAGAGAUCUCAAGUGUGAAAAUCUCCUGCUGGAUAAAGAAAAGAACAUUAUUAUAUCUGACUUUGGAUUUGCGCGAGACAAUUUGACCUCGGCUACUGGAAAGCGAAAACUUUGCCACACAUACUGCGGCUCUUACGCCUAUGCACCACCAGAAAUACUUAAAGGUAUAGCUUAUGACGCAAUGCUAGCGGACGUAUGGAGUAUGGGGGUGAUUCUUUAUACCAUGGUCUGUGGUCGGCUGCCAUUCGAUGACUCCAAUUUACGGAGUCUUCUGCAACAGGUUCAUCGCCGUGUCAACUUCCCUUCCAAACUGAACGUCCCUGAUCCAGUCAAAGCCGUCAUUCACAAAAUGCUACAGUGGAAUUUAGCGGAGAGGAUAACAGUGCAGCAGCUACAGCAAGAACCAUGGCUGUUUGACCAGGGGCGGAAAGAAUCGGAAAAAAGCCUCGUGGUUAAAACUACUGAAGCGGAGUGACCGCCGCAGCAGGCAAUGUACGCGUUUAACAAUGCCUUCCAUGUAAGACUACUCACUGGCAAACCAGUGAAGAAAGGCCUUUCUUGAAUCAAGCACGCAUCAGAAAGAAAAGCACAGGUUAAUCAACUCGAAUUGGUUGCGACCAUUUAUUGUUGUUGUAUCACAAAUAAGUUUCCGAUAAAAACACUGCCGGUAUUAAAGCCAUAAAAUUCAAAUUUAUUCUGGUGAAUUUGAACUAGUUAUUUCUCAAAAAAGAAAAACAUAUCGAGACGUGUAAAGACUUUUUAGAGCAAGUUAGCGCAGAGCAUCACGUUGGGCGCACUGCAAGGGUCUUCUCUGAAUCGUAAAAGAGGUCCUAUAGCAGUAUCAAACUCUAUAUAGUCCGACUGUGUUUUAUUUCUUUGUAUUUAGAAUCGUGAACCAGAGAAGCUGACUACCAUGUGAAUAAGAUUCUGACUGAAAUCUAGAAUAAACAGUUCCACAGCUUCA